AUGAAGAACCAAAUCGCCCUUGUGGCAGCCAAUCUUGUUGCUGCAGUUUAUGGACAUGGUUAUAUGACCAUCCCGUUCAGUCGUACCCGUCUUGGUUUUGAGGCCGGAAUUGACACCUGCCCCGAAUGUUCGAUUCUUGAACCUGUCACUGCCUGGCCGGACGUGGAAGCCGCAAAGGUUGGCCGCAGUGGACCUUGCGGUUACAACGCUCGCGUGAGCGUCGAUUACAACACUCCCGGCGAGCAUUGGGGCAAGUCCACCGUUGCCACUUAUUCUCCAGGCGAGAUUGUCGAGGUGCAAUGGUGUGUCGACAACAAUGGUGAUCACGGUGGAUUGUUCACCUACGGCAUCUGUCAGGAUCAAGCCCUGGUCAACAAAUUCCUAACCCCUGGAUAUAUGCCCACCGACGCAGAGAAGCAAGCUGCCGAAGACUGUUUCCUCGCUGGUGAGCUCAAGUGUACCGACGUCCCAGGACAGGAGUGCGGUUUCAACCCGGACUGCACUGGUGGAGCCUGCCAUCGCAAUGACUGGUUUACAUGCAAUGCUUUCCAAGCCGACCAUCGUCGCAGCUGCCAGGGUGUCGAUGGAGCGCCGUUGAACUCUUGCAAGACUACAAUUGCCGGUGGAUAUACUGUUACCAAGAAGAUCAAGAUCCCCGACUAUGCCUCUGAGCACACACUGCUGCGCUUCCGCUGGAACUCUUUCCAGACCGCCCAAGUCUAUCUGGGCUGUGCGGACAUCGCCAUCAAGGGAUCAGGAAGCGGUGGCUCAAGCUCGACCAAGACCCAGACUGCCACCAAGACCACGACUACCACUGGCUCCACCGAGACUUGCAAGGCUACCGGAGUUGUCCCCGUCACCUUCAAUGUCCAGGCGCCCACCAACUAUGGCGAGAAUAUCUUCCUCGUCGGCUCAAUUAGCCAACUUGGCUCGUGGUCCACCAGCUCCGCUGUCCCACUCUCGGCGACCCAGUACACCUCGUCCAACCCCCUGUGGACUGUCACUGUCCAGCUCCCUGCCGGCGCCACCUUUGAGUACAAGUUCAUCCGGAAGCAAAAGGACGGAAGUGUCAUCUGGGAGAGCAAUCCUAACCGGAGCUACACAACCCCCAAUGGCUGCUCAAGCUCUCCCGCCACCAAGACUGACAGGUGGCAUUGA